AUGGCGUUCCCCUUUCGCUGCCUUGUUUUCUUUGAAGCAUGCUGUGCAUGCUAUGCUUUCAGCAUCGAUGCAGGGUUCACGUGCAGGGCAUCAAGCAACGAGUAUGCAUGUGCCUACGCGCUUGACCGGAAUGUCACCUCCGCAUGGGCAUCCGAUGGUCAAGCGCCACAAUGGCUGGAAGCCCGAAUAGCAGACGGAACCUACGCAACGCUGGGCUCCUACGCCCUCACAGCCGUGAUUGGGCGUCCUGAUCUGGCACCGACGGCGUGGCGCCUGGAAGGGGUUGAGCCAGGCUCCACGCAGCGCCAAAUCCUGGACGAGGCGUGGGGCAAGACGUGGCAGGAAGGCACAACUCACAUCAGAGAUCUGGGAGGCCACAGCUCCUGGAGAAGCUAUGUGCUGACCAUGUUGGAAGGCACCGGUACACAAGUUGCUGUUGCAGAGCUGCAGUUGAUGCCGAAGCUGGGCUAUACUUUCGAAAUUUCUCAUUGGACGCUAUGCUCCGCUACAUGCGGUGGCGGGUCACAAGAGAGGACAGUGGUUUGCAGAGGAGCUGCAUGCUUUCGGGCUGCCAUUCAGUGCUUCAAAGACGGAGUGAGCUACAGCGACAAUCGCUGCACGACUGGCGAGCCGCCAGCAAGGUCACGGGCCUGUGGAACUUCGAUUUGUGCUUGCCAGGGGGGCGCAGCUUGUACUGCCAGUUGCAGCUCUUCAAGUGCCGCAACUGCGGACUUGGGCUGUGGGGUUCUCAUCGACGGCUCAAGCCUCACGGCUUGGACCUCAGCCGGGCCGGCGCCGCAGUGGCUGUCAUUCGACUUGGGUAAAGCCGGGGGCCAGGAUGGGCCAGGGCAAGGAAAGUGCACCGCUCUAGAGCAGUCGCUGAAACCGAUUCUGUCUGUGUGCUGUUUGCCUUUGCUUCGUGCAGCUCCUGGCGAGGUCAGAGAGCUGGAAGGAUUCUCGUUGACGUCUGGGGAGUGCACCGUUUGCACUUCUUUGCAAGGGCCCUCCAUGAUCUCCUUGGAAGCAAGAAAUGAUGAAAACGCUGGGUGGCUUGAGCUGCGCACGCCCUUCAGUGUGGGAGCCUUCUGGUCAUCUGGAGAGACGCGCAGGCCAGGCCCUGCUAUGGUAGCCGAGCGUAGCCGCUCUCGAACGUUCAAACUGGUAAUUCGCAUCCUGUCCACGUGGCCGAAGUCGGUUCUGGCCUUACAGACCUCCCAGUCCCAGUCCCGCACUAUCCGGCACUCAUCCGCGCCGCCAGGCCUCUUCGCGCCUCCCGCCGACUACCGACUCGUCACUGGCAGCUGGGGUGCGUGCGAAGCGGUGGGUGGUGCCGGCGCUUGCGGCCUGGGAGUCAGCAGGCGUCAGGUCACGUGCUUCGAUGAUGAGGAUUACCCGCAUCCGUUGGAGAACUGUGAAGACGGGCCAGAAACUGCCACAGAACGGGGGUGCAGUGUGGACUGCCCAGAGCUGGUGGUAUCAAGUGCCUCUGCACAUCCGAACUUCUUUGGCAUCAUGAGGCCGGCAGCCGCACUCGUCGAGAAGUUGUAG